CCGGGUUGGAGUUUUGGCGGGUGUCAGUGAGCGCGCGGCUGGCGAGAAUAUUUCUUUUUGAGGGGCUCUUGAAGAAAUCCCAGUGAAAUCAUGGACGCUGAUGAUGAGUUGGAUCUGUUGGCCUCCCUCCUGGAAGAAAGUGAGACAAAUGAGGAGGGGAAUCCUCCUGAGGAGGAAGAUGCUCCAGAGGGUGAUGGGGGAGAACCAGAUGAAUACAAUGAGCUCUUUGAUGCAGAAGAUGAUGCGUCCUACACGGAGGAGGUUGAUGCUGAGGAUAGCAUGAUUGAUGAGCAGAAGGAGAAUCUGGCUACACUGUUUGGUGAUGUAGAUGACCUGCUGGAAGAGGAGGCAGCAGAGGAAACUGUCCCUACCUCAGCUCCCAGUCAGGGAAAAGAGAAAAGCAACCAAGAACUGCAAGCUGAGAUGAGAAAAUUGCAAGAACAGAUGAAGAAGUUACAGGAGCAGUUGCAGAAGACUGCUAUUGAGCGGCAAUCCAGUUCAGGCCAUGAGAAGAAAAGCCUUGGUAAAUCUCUCUGUCCACCUUUAAAGGAAAGGCAUGUUCAGAAGCUGCAAGAGUCACCAUGUUUUUCAGCCCAGCUGGGCAGUCCUUUACCUCCAGCCAAGCGAGGAACCCAGAAAUCAAAAGCAUCCUCAGCAGUUCCUGCUAAAGAGAACAAAACUCCUCCUCCACGGCAAGUCCUCAGUUUGGCGUUCCAGCCUCUGAAGUCUGCUGCAGGGAACACACCCAGUAAGGUGACCAGAGAGAAGACUCCUCAUGUGCCUACAUGCUCCAAUGCAGCAGCUCAGCCAGUGUCUGUGGAAACCUUCUCGGGACUGAGAUUAAGAAAUCCCCGGGUGUCUUCGGCUGAAAUGGACAGGAAAAUGGUUAACCGGAAGCUCAUCCGUCUGUCUCAGCUGAAGAGCAAACUUGCUGCAGAAAAUCUGGAGGAAAUAGACUGGGUAACAUUUGGAGUCAUAGUGAAGAAGGUCACUCCUCAGAGUGCAAAUAACGGCAGAACCUUCAGUAUCUGGCAUCUGAAUGACCUACGGGAUCUCAGUCAAUGUGUCUCGCUCUUCUUGUUUGGUGACGUCCACAAAGAGCACUGGAAGACAGACAAAGGCACAGUCAUCGGGCUGCUCAAUGCUAAUCCUAUGAAACCUAAAGAAGGCUCCAGUGAGCUGUGUUUGUCUGUUGACCAUCCCCAGAAGAUCCUUCUCAUGGGUGAAGCUCUGGACAUGGGCACCUGCAAAGCCAGGAAGAAGAAUGGUGAUCCUUGUGCGCAGAUUGUGAACCUGAAUGACUGUGAAUAUUGUCAGUAUCACAUACAAUCCCAGUACAAGAAACUCAGCUCGAAGCGGGCAGACCUGCAGUCCACCUUCUCUGGUGGCCGCAUUCCCAAAAAAGUUGGUCGGAAAAAUCCCAGUUUGAAGGAGAAGCUGUGUCAGGAUGGGUUUUACUAUGGAGGUGUCUCUUCAGCAGCAUAUGCAGCCUCAAUUGCAGCAGCUGUGGUGCCGAAAAGGAAGAUUCAAACCACUCUCGCCAACCUGGUCGUGAGAGGUGUUGAUGCAAUUGUCCAGGAAACCAGGCAGAAAAUUGGUGCAGCAAACAGACCCAUGCAAUGUUCUGAGGAGUUCAAGGAACUGCUGGCACAGCCAACUUUUGGAGCACGAAACCUCUGCAAACACUGGACCAGAGCAGGUGCUGAAAAGAAGCAAGGGGCCAGUUUUCAGUCCAUCUCUGCUUCAGCACUGCUCAAGCAACAGAAACAGAAAUUGCUGGAGGCCAGAAAAAAACGAUCUGAAGAGAUUCAGAGGCGGUUUCUCCAGAACACAAAUAAAGCCAGCAGCCCUGCUGUCCUGUCCUCCUCUGGAGAGUCCUCACUCUGUUCCCCAAUACCUGGAGCAGAGUUUCCCAAAGCUGGAAAAAUGUCAACUCCUCAAAGGCCCAGGCUAGGCACAGGAUUCUCAGAAGGAGAAGAUAUCCUCUUCUUUGACAGGUCUCCACCUCCAACACCAAAGCUAGACAGCUUGGCAGAAGCCAAAAAGCUGGCUGCGGUACAACGACUACGAGCAAAAGGCCAGAUUCUUGCUAAAACUGAUCCAAACAGUGUCAAGAGGAAACGAGCUGAUGUUGAUGAUGUCCUAGAAAUUGUUGAAAGAGUUGAGAAAAAUGUUGCUCAGCCACAAGAUAUGGAUGAACUGGAGCCUGCCCAAAAGAAACUGCGUGAGCAGCUGGCCUAUCUGGAGUCAGAAGAGUUCAAAAAAAUCCUGAAUGCCAAGUCCAAGCACACAGAUGUCCUGAAAGAGGCUGAGGCUGAACUGCAGGAACAAUACUUCCAGCCACUGGUGAAAAAGGAAGAACUGGAAGAGAAGAUGAGGAACAUUAAAGCAGUGAAAUGUCGAGUUGUGACAUGUAAAGUGUGUAAUUACACCUAUUUCAAGCCUCUGGAGACAUGUGUGCAGGAUAACCAUGACUACCACUGGCAUGAUGCCAUCAAGCGAUUUUUCAAGUGUCCUUGUGGAAACAGAGCUAUUUCCCUUGACAAGCUCCCGAAAAAGCCCUGCUUUAGCUGUGGCCUCUUCAAAUGGGAGAGAGACGGGAUGCUAAAGGAGAAAAAAGGUCCGAAGAUUGGUGGAGAAACACUUUUGCCAAGAGGGGAAGAACAACCAAAAUUUCUCAAUAGUCUUAAGUGACCUGGAGUUGAUUCCACAUACACAUCCCAAUGUAAAGAUGGAUUUCUGUGUUUAAGCCACACAUUUCUUCACUGGAAUGUCCAGUUUCUGGUUUUAAGGAUGAAUGAGCAGGGGGAAUCAAUUCCUGAUGAGGACAUACAAACUCUCCACCAGGCCACUGACCACUGCACAGACAUUCAGCUUUGAUUUUUUUAAAAGUGACUGAAUAAGGCUGCAUGUGAAAUACACAUUCAUGCCUGUUCUUUCUUACUGACAACUUUGUCUCUUUUCCAAGUUAAAUCUUUGUACCAAGAAAUACCGAGGGAUCCCACAAUUUAUGUUGAAUGGCUGGUGUAGAGUGACUUCACCAGAGUUUUAAGUGACAAAUCAUUGUGAACUAGGAGGACUGUAGAUUCUAUAAGCACUUGUGAAAUUAAUACCAUGGUACAUAAAUGCCAGCCUGUCAACAGUUUUUCUGCUGUGGGCCAAAAAGGUGUGCAAGAAGGUUGUAGGCAUAGAGCAGUCUUCGUUGACUCCAAAAUUACUCACUCUGAACCCUUAAGAACAGAUGUCAAACAGUUCCUGUGUGGUCUCCCUGGCUUAUGUGUUAAAAAGCCCUUUGGUACUGCAAGCCAGAAUUGUUUACACUGUAGAUUACCAGGUGUUGUUUUGAAAGCCCUUUCCCUAGCACACAGCCCAUACCGGGUUCCCAGCACCAUCCACACUACAGCAACUUUACAGCUGCAAACCUGCAGCUCCCACUUUGAAAAGCAUUUUAAUGAAUUUAGCACCAUUUUUAAUUUUACCCAGUUUAAAUUUUUCCAAAAUCUUUGUCAGUCAUCCCCAUGUCAAUCUUGGUUGCUGGCACAGCUCCCUGGAGGACAGUAGCUAUCUCAGACCAAACAGGAUGAGAUCUCCAUGGGGUGGCUCCUGAGAAGGGUUGUCUUCAUACAGGUGUUUUUCUUAAAGCACAUCUCUAGGGAUGUCUGUGGCAUUUGGCCAGCAUUUCCUGGACCUGAUCCUUCUGCUGCCCCUAGCUUAUGUGGAUCACAGGGUAUUCUUAGCACCUAAAACCACUAGUACCUCAGUGAUUUGGUGAAACAGCCACCAACAAUCAUGUGUCCCAGUGGCUUUGUCAAUACUGCUUGUGUUUGCUUGCACAGGGGCUGGAAGAGAAGCAGCUGGACAGAUUGACCUCAGUAUUCUGCAGCCUUAAUCUACUGGUGCUUUUGCUGGGCAGCUUUGCUUGGCAUGUUGCAUUCGUUUCAGUCUCCUGUUGAUACUAUUUGAUGAGUGUGGUGUCACUGGUAGGUGACUAAACACUUAACCCUUCACAUUGCUUGGCAAUGUCUCCUGAUGAUUCCUCAUUCAGAAUAAAUACAGUGCCAAAUAAAGCA